UCUCCACUACCAAACUAAACAAAUGAGAGGCAGUGUUAGUAAACUCAGAGCCCUAUGGGAGAAAGGAUCCGCCGGUUUGAAGCCAAAUAGGGCGGUGGAUUUGGAGAAUGAGGGCCAGGUUCUUCAGAGAGUCUCUGCAUUCGAGACUCUACAUGCAGCCGCCAAAAAAGCAGCGUCCGACUUCAAAUUCAAGCCGAGGAACCAGCCUUCUUCGGAGAACCAGCCCCCUUCGGAGAUGGAGACUGCAGACGAACCAGCUCCAGCUCCAGAUUGCUGUUGCUUCCCCUUGGCUCAGAAAAUCAAGAGCAGCAACAUAAAGAUCCAACUUCCAAACUGCAAUUCCAAUUCCCUGAACUCCCAGAUCUCCAAGACGUACCCCGUAUCCUGCUACCAUCUAGGUUGCCGCUCUACUUUUGACAAACAAGAAGACAGACUAUUGAUGCAUAUUCAGCGAUAUAAACCUGUUAACAUGAUAUCCAAAUAA